AUGAAUAGCUCGAUUUUAUAAAAUUUAAAUUAAAAUAAUAAUGAGUAAAUUCACACAGAUAAUGAAUAUAGCUCAUCUAGAAUAUCUUUUUAAGAUUAAAAAAAAAUUUUUGAUUUUUAUGAUUCUAAAUUUGGAAAAGAAGGUUUAGUGGGUGAUCAUGAUGAUGAAAUUUUAGACAAUUUGGCAGUUUAGGAAUAAUAGAAUGUUAAAAAUAAUGGAGAUCAAAAUGAUAUACUUUAAAUAUAAAAUUAAAUGAGCAUAAUUUAGAAAGAAAACCAUGAAUAAAAAAUAGAAAAUUGUAAAAAUAUUUACUUCAAGCCUUUCGCAACAAAUUUUUCAUAUCAGUAUUCAAAUGAGUAAAAUAAAUUCAAUCUUGAUCAUAAAUUAACAUUUUUUUUUCCAAAGCAUAAAUACAAAUAAUACUAAAUCACAAAAGUCAGCUGA